AUGGCUUUACAGCUGUCUAGGCGUGAAGUGGAAGAGUUGCGGUCUUCGCUGGACCGCGCUAUAUACAGGACUAUUGGAAAAUCGGACAGUUCCUUACUAUCAACAGUUUCGUCUUGUUUAACCAAUGGGUAUGAACGACGAAAGAUCAUAGACAAGAUCUCCUCUCACAUAGACUCAAAGAAGGCGAGCAAAUUAGCUGACAAGGUGCUUGCACUAGCCCAGGAACUAGUGUCCAGUUCCAAAUCACAGAAGAGGAAACAUGAGUCCUCCAGUGACAAGGAUAGAGACACAAAGAGGUCGAGACACGACGAGAAAGAGUCGAGAGAUGAGAAACGCGAUUCAAAAAGCGAGAAGGAGAAAGAGGAGAGAGAGAAGAAGUUUGGCAACGGGAUGGAUGUGCCGUCCGUCCUGCCAGACGGUGAGACUGUUGGAUCGAAGAUGGCUGGCCUCAGCGCUGAUAAGAUAAAGCUGAUGAUGGCGAACGCCCAGAAGGAGAUCGAGGAGCGCAAGAGGGCCUUAAUAGCGAUGAGGGGCGAGCAGAGACCUGGCGUCAACGCAGCCGCCGCUGCCGCCCAGCACCUGAAGACCCAGAUGCAGCAGAACAACGCGAUACCGCCGCCGAGCGUCAUCAAACCGGUGCUGUACUCCAGGCCCUCCGCCGCGCAACUAAACCAGGAGGAGUUGGAGAAGCAGAGGAAGAUCGCUGAACUGCAGGCCAGGAUACAGAGGAAGCUAGCGGGUGGCGCUUUGGCUGCAGCUGAGGGUGGUCCCGCGCCCCUGAUCCUGGACCGCGAAGGGCGGACGGUAGACACCAGCGGCAAAAGGGUCACACUCACCCACGUCGCUCCAACCCUCAAGGCGAACAUCCGCGCGCUGCGCCGCGAGGAGUUCCGCGCUCAGAUGGCGGGCGGCGCGGCGUCCGUGGGCGGCGCGGUGGCCCCCGCCUCGGCGCCGUGGCAGGACGAGCGCGUGCAGACGCGGCCCCCGCAGAGGGCGAGGCGGCCCCUGCGGUUCCACGAGCCGGGCAAGUUCCGCCAGCUGGCGGAGCGGCUGCGCAUGAAGGCGCAACUGGAGAAGCUUCAGAACGAGAUAAGCCAGAUCGCGCGCAAGACGGGCAUCUCGUCCGCCACCAAGCUCGCCCUGCUGGCGGCAGACGCGCCGGACAGCGAUCGCGUUCCGGACAUCGAGUGGUGGGACAGCGUGAUCCUGCUGACCCCCGAGGAGAGGGAGGGCGGCCGGGGCAGGGGAGGGGGGGCGGCCGACGUGGACGCUUGCAACGUGGGCAAGGACGACAUCGUGAACAACCUGAACGAGGACGCCAUCACAAACCUGGUGGAGCACCCGCAGCAGCUGAGGCCGCCAAGUGAGUUUCAUGAAGCAACCUCCCCCCCCCCCCCCGCCUCCCUUUCCGCAGCACCUUUCCACCUCCCUUUCUUCCCCCCUUUUCACCCUACCCCAUUUCCAAGAGCCCUUUUCCAA